AAAAAGUUGUACCGCGCCGCUGCAGCCGGCGUUCACCUGCGGGAAGACUCCAGCCCUCGGCAACAAGGCGUUGCCGCCAGCGCAGCUCGCCGAGUCCUUCAAAGGAAGUGACUGGCAUGCGCCCUCCUGGCCGGACGAUGCAGUCCCACAGAAAAUGGCGCCUGUUGACCCAAAUCACUUGCCUGACGUCACUAACUUCCUGUAUGCUCGCGUCUGGAGUCGGGGGAGCUGCGGUCACUGCCACGGUUCACGGCACCAGUCACGAGAACAUCGUGACGGAUGAUACUGUCACCUACGGUCACGGCCGAGGCGGAGUGUCUUUAACCACUUCCUCGACAGCGUCACCGUUCGAGACGUUGUUCAGGCCUCGAGCGACUUCGGAAGAUGCACUCGCCGGGAGUGAGCACGAGAACCCGAAGCGCAGCGAGAGUGACCGAGUUCUUCCGCAUCCGAGGAGCAUGUGCUUCUACCAUAUAUCUAAAAAGUUCGUGGCGGUGCGGUCGUUUCACGUCCAAGCCUCGGCACUGGGCCGAGCUGUAUUGGCGACAGUUUUCCUCGCGACCAGCCUGCUCGUCGUCGCCUCCCUGUUCGCCAUGGUGUGGUGCUUCUGCCGCGGCUGCCGGUGCGCCAAGAAAGAGGAUAACCCACUGGAUGUACAAGCACAACCCCCUGCCUACACUGCAUCCAAAGGCGGGCCGUUUGGAAUACCCCACAGCGUGUCGAAUGACCCACCACCGCCUUACGGAAGCGCCAUCGACUCGACAACCGUGGACGGUCACUUCGUCGGAAGAGUUACUGCGUGUGGAUCCCAAAAGGAGGAGCCACACACCGUAACAGUAGAUGUUCCUUCACAGCAAGCACACCAACCUCCCACGUACGAUGCAGUCGUGUUGUCGUUACGACACCCGCAGACCACCCUCGCUAACGGGCUAACCAAGGUCCCUCGCUAACGGGUUUCUCAAAGCGAUAUCACCGCUUGCUUUGCUCUGGGAUCUGUAAACCUGUAAUCGGUUACACUCAUGGCGGUGUUGUUGACCCAAGUAUAUAUACAGCGGAAACUACAUGGCGCAAUCCGUCUUUUUCACGAUGCCACGGUGCAUGCGCCCUUCCCCUAGCGGAAAAGUUGCGAAACGCCUCCUCAUCUCGGAGGCUUUCGUUCUGGCGAUACCGGUUGUCCCGGCUCCUACUAAAAGCCAAAACAGCAGCGGGCAGCACAAGAAAAUGACAAAGGCGGAUUGCGUAGCGCUGUGGGAACGCUUACAUGCUGAUUGAAUUCGGCGUCACGCCAAUUUGCGUUUCAAAACGUUAUUUUUGUAUUUUGUUUUCUUUUAAUUUAGAGCAGAGGUCAACGGAGAGGCCGGAUUGGCGCAUUUUCAAUCGGUAAUUGGAACGUGAUCUUUCAUAGUCAAGGUGUACAGUCGUAUUAGCAAAUAGUACAGUACCGUACGCUGAUGAAAUAGGUGUUUUUAAUGGAGUGGGCGCUUCGCCUUGGUACGUAAGCAUUGCUUAACUAAGGAAAGUGUGACAAAUUUGCAUUAUUCGUUGUUAAAAUGAUUAUAUGCAUAGAUCCGUAACAUCUUGUUGGCUUAUGCACGUAUUUACGUCUAUACACACUCUUGCAAUACCUGUUCGAAUAUAUUUACCGACUGGACAAGUCGUUGCCUAAUUACUUAUUCUACUCACCUACAACAGGCGUGCGGUCGCCCAGUAAUAACAAAAAUUCACGAUUAUGUUUCUGUUAGAUAAACGAUCACUCAAUCAAUGUGCCGGCCAAGACGUCUAACACGUUGACAAGACUUGUACGUUGGUCGGCUGUGUGUUUUCUUCUUGUUAUUAUGGGUUGAGGUUAUAGUCACGCUCGAUAUCUCUCCUUAGCGAUAAAUUGAUAUCAGUGCAGUAGAAUGGCUUUCGCAGUAUACGCAAUUGAAGUGUCCCGCGAUGCUCUUGUGCGACCUUUCUUUACUGGCGCAAUUUGAGAUUUUGAGAUUAAAACUGUUAGCGUUAGAAAGCUAUAAUUUGCCGAUUCAUACGCGUGAGGUAGAUAGCUGAAAUCCAGGGUUCGACGAAAACCCGUCUAGUCGGGAAAGUUCAUGGUGGAAGAAUCAGGCGCCGACCGAUCAUUAAAAACACAAAAGACAAAGACGUUUCGGUCCCGCUACGGGGACCUUCUUCACAAUCUGAACGGGGUAGACAGACAUAAGUAAGGGGUGGGGGGCGGGGGCGAUAUGCUUGAACCGAUAUAUUACAGCUUUGCGGUGUUCAACUGUGGAAUUCAGAAAACAAACUUCUUUUCCAAAGCUGUAAUGAAGAAUACUAAUAAACGAAACAAUGUAAAUAAAGGCUGGCACGAAAGAAGGUAAUUUGUUUAUGAAUUCGUGACAGCGAUAUUAACUCAAGUAGACUUCUUGUAAACUGACAAACAUACAAAGAAUGUGAGAGCUUCGGUUUGUUUACAACGGGCAGUUGAAGCCAGGUUGGAUGACCGUAAACUCAAUUUUAGACACUUUUUCAGGAGUAAGUCGCAUUUUUACUGAAACGACAGCGAAAGCUGUGCAGGUUGCGCUGUUGUAGCUUGUUUUUGUUAGGUGUAAAAGUCGCGGCGCUCAAUGUAAGGGGUGAUUCAGAAAAUAAAUGUGUUAGAGAAUAUUUUAUUACAAAGAAGAUUUAUGCUGAAUAAGCUGUUUUCCCGUGAUCGCUUUUUUGCAACGGUGCGUGAAUCCCGAUUUACACUAGUAAUGAAACUGAUUUACACUAGCAAGCAAUUUACACGAGCAAAGCAAAGUAACAAGACCGGCAUUGUAACCAACAGUCACACAAUUGAUCCUAGUUGAAGGUGUUGAUGAGCGUCGUCUGAUAAUUUCUCCACCGAUUCCAGGUACGCGUAAAGCAGACGCUGCUAACUUUAACAGGGAAAUGAACUUUGACCUAUUUCGUUCGACAAACAAACAGAAUCGCCGAGGGUCGCAGCCUGUGACUUUGCAUAAGAGUUCCAUGUUUGACGUGUGUGUUUACACGGCUUGUGACAAGGACACGUAUAUGAACGUAUACUUGAGAAAUUUUAUUGAAUUGCUCUAUUGCUCGCUUCAUGCGUGCCCGACGGUGACGAAAUAAAUGAAAAUAAACCUCCAGCAACCAUCGUCGUGGACUGAGAGGUCGUGGGUUCAGCUCCUGUUACGGAACCUUUUCGUAUAGUUUUUCUUUCUUUGCCAUCUCAUGGCGUUCAUUUUGCUGACGUAUUUCCGUGACGGAAAUACGUCAUGAAAGUCUUGGAAGACCCCGGCGUAAAACACGUUCAUGUUAAAAACAAAAGGUUGUAGCCUGAAAGCUCCAUUAAGUAAUCAUUUGGCUGUGUAGAAAGAGCUCAACAAUGGAAAAUAGCAAUACGAGGAGUAAAGUAGCUGGGGCUUGUUGAUUUAUAACGUGAAUGGAAAGGCACACACUCAAGACAGGGGCGGAGUUGGGCUUGUGUCGUGUUGCUUACUCUAUCCCUGUCUAAGUGUGUGCAAUUCCACUCGUGUAAAGAGCUACAUGUUAUAUUAAAGAAAAGGUGACUUGCGGCAAACAGGACCCAUGUGGAUGAAGAAGAAACUACAGAAAAUCCGGAAAGAAUGGGGAGAAAUAUACAAGAGAACAAAAUAGAACGUUGAGAUUGUGUGGGAAAGUUCUGAGAACGAUGUUGUCAUUGACAAUAAGGAAUAGUGACUACAGGUGUGUAUUGAUGUGAUUCGUAAUACAACAUGAAUAAAAACUACUAACUACGUGUUGAUAUGAAUGGGAAGGAACCACUAGAAAAUGACGAAACUACAUUAAAAUGCUGGCGUUCUUUUAUCAUUAUCACCCUAGUGCACUACAAUUCACGCGACUGCAUUCGUUCUCUUCCAUGUGCCGCAAUCAGGUUAUCAGGUUUUUAAAACCUUAAAGGGAAAUUUAGGUCCUGUAUUCCUUAGACUGGCGCACCUGGAUCGUGUCUAACGUUCUAUAGAAUGUGUUUGAGCAAACGUGACUUACCGAUGACGACUAUGGGAAUCAAGUCUUAUUCUGACGGUGAAUGUCUCCUUCGGGUUGUCGAUGUUGUCGGCACGUAGUUACUUUCGUGAAACAAUUAGCGAUACCAUAACAAAUUUUCACCGUGACUGAAAGAGACUCCGAAGCCCGGGUAUUUCUAACUAAUAUAAUCCUUGUCAGCCAGUGUGA